AUGACGGACUGCUUAAUGCUGAUGCUGGUGCUCCCUCUGUGCCUUGACCCCUUCAGAAGUGUGCUGGGAUCUCUGUGCACCUUGCAAGGGAGGAAGCAAAAUCUGGAGACGGGAAUUCAUUUCAUCGCGCCGCAGAAACACCUUCAGGUCAAGUCCACCACGGCGUUGCUGCUGUCGGUGGUGGUGUACCCAGUUCUGAAGACUGUGAGUCUGCAGCUUCACUCUGCUUUCACAGGGAGCUACAUUUCAGGGUUCAAUUCCAUAGCCUUUAUAAGCUGUCCGAAUGAGCAGGUGGCAAUGGACAUCGCCAGAGCCGUAAUGGAGAAGAGACUGGCUGCUGGUGUGAACAUUUUACCAAAGAGUUCUUCCAUGUACUAUUGGAAAGGUAAAAUUGAAGAAGCUACCGAAAUCCCGCUGCUGAUAAAGACAAGGACUUCAAGCAUCCCCGAACUGUCUGAGUAUGUAAGGUACGUACAUUUUUGAGAAUUUGAAUAUGGCUGCAAAUAGAGGCUUGCACAAGCAUAGAGCAGCGCAGGUCAUCGUUUGCAAAUGAGAGAUCUCAGAAGUUUCAUCCACCGCUUCCACGUGGGGUUUUUAGAUUUAAACAAAACUGGAGAAAAGCGAAGCAUUGAAAAGGUACGUGAGGCUGUCACGGUCUGUACAGUAGCGCUUAACUUUCUCACUUUUUACUG